ACGUCGGUGGCCGGGGGAGGGGCGGGCCGGCGCGAGCUAAGAAUCGCUCUUCUACGUGGCCUCGGGCAGACAUCGCGGGCCCCUGGAGGGAACCUCCAACCCUCCCUGGGGAGGCGGCUUCCGACCUGAGGAGGCUGGUCUAGCCCUCUUAUCUACUGCACUCCCUCAGAAGUCUGAAGAUUUGAUCAAAUUGAGAGGAAAAAAGGAGCUACAGAAAAUAGAACCUGUGGUUUGAUCAGUCCAAGCCCUUCAGAAUGUUGAGUAACGUUGUUAACAGCUCUGGCUUUCGGCCCUUCAACCAUUGCCUUCUCUCCUGGAUUCGAACCACAGCUGCCUCCAGACCACAUUAUCUCAUCCAGCAACCAGCCUUCAGAUUUAAAUUUUCUCGUUCUUGGAGCAGCGUUCCUUUCAUCACAGUGCCCCUCAGUCGUACACGUGGCAAGCCCUUUGCCCACCGGAGUGAGCUAAAGCAUGCCAAGAGGAUUGCGGUGAAACUUGGAAGUGCUGUGGUGACUCGAGGGGAUGAAUGUGGUCUGGCACUGGGGCGACUGGCAUCUAUUGUUGAGCAGGUGUCGGUGCUCCAGACCCAAGGCCGAGAGAUGAUGCUGGUCACGAGCGGGGCAGUCGCCUUUGGGAAGCAGCGACUGCGCCAGGAAAUCCUCUUGUCCCAGAGCGUCCGGCAAGCCCUCCAUACAGGACAGAACCAGCUCAAAGAGAUGGCGAUCCCUGUCUUAGAGGCGCGGGCCUGUGCGGCGGCCGGGCAGAGCGGGCUGAUGGCCCUGUACGAGGCGAUGUUUUCACAGUACAGCAUCUGCGUUGCUCAGAUUUUAGUGACCAACUUAGAUUUUCACGAUGAGCAGAAGCGCCGGAACCUCAAUGAGACACUCAGUGAGCUCCUUCGAAUGAACAUUGUUCCGAUUGUCAACACAAAUGAUGCUGUUGUCCCCCCAGCUGAGCCCAAUAGUGACUUGCAGGGGGUAAAUGUCAUUAGUGUUAAAGAUAAUGACAGCUUGGCUGCCCGUCUGGCUGUGGAAAUGAAAACUGAUCUCUUGAUUCUCCUUUCAGAUGUAGAAGGUCUUUUUGACAGACCGCCAGGAUCAGAUGAUUCCAAACUCAUUGAUAUAUUUUACCCUGGAGACCAGCAGUCUGUGACCUUUGGAACCAAGUCUAGAGUGGGACUGGGUGGCAUGGAGGCCAAGGUGAAGGCUGCCCUCUGGGCUCUCCAGGGUGGAACGUCUGUUGUGAUUGCUAAUGGAAGCCAUCCUAAGGUGUCAGGCCAUGUCAUUACAGACGUCGUAGAGGGGAAAAAAGUUGGCACUUUCUUCUCCGAAGUGAAACCCGCAGGUCCUACUGUUGAACAACAGGGGGAGAUGGCUCGAUCCGGAGGAAGGUCUUUGGCCACUUUGGAACCAGAGAAGAGAGCAGAGAUCAUCAACCAUCUCGCCGACCUCCUGACUGACCAGCGGGAAGAGAUCCUGUUGGCCAACAAAGAGGACCUGGAGGAGGCGGAGGAGCAAGGUCGUCUAGCAGCCCCUUUGCUAAAACGAUUGAGCUUGUCUACAUCUAAAUUGAAUAGUUUAGCCAUUGGAUUACGUCAGAUUGCUGCUUCCUCAAAGGACAGUGUUGGGCAAGUCUUGCGCAGGAUAAGACUCGCAAAAGAUUUGGAACUGGAGCAAGUUACAGUCCCCAUUGGAGUCCUUCUGGUGAUUUUUGAGUCCCGCCCUGAUUGCCUGCCUCAGGUGGCCGCUUUGGCUAUUGCAAGUGGCAAUGGCUUGCUUCUGAAAGGAGGAAAAGAGGCAACCAACAGCAACCGAUUACUGCAUCAGCUGACUCAGGAGGCACUCUCCCUCUACGGGGUCAAAGACGCGGUGCAGCUGGUGAACACCAGAGAAGACGUGGAAAACCUUUGCCGGCUCGAUAAACUGAUUGACCUGAUCAUUCCACGGGGCUCCUCUCAGCUGGUCAGACACAUCCAGAAAGCUGCCAAAGGCAUCCCCGUGCUGGGUCACAGCGAAGGAAUCUGCCACAUGUACAUAGAUGCAGAAGCUUGUCCCGAUAAGGUCACCAGACUAGUGAGAGACUCUAAGUGUGAAUAUCCGGCUGCCUGCAAUGCCCUGGAGACUCUGUUAAUCCAUCGAGAUCUGCUGAGGACCCCUUUGUUCGACAUGGUCAUUGACAUGCUGCGAGUAGAGCAGGUGAAAAUUCAUGCAGGUCCCAAGUUUGCCUCCUAUUUGACUUUCAGCCCAUGUGAAGUUAAGUCUCUCCGAAUAGAGUAUGGAGACCUAGAAUGUUGUAUUGAAGUGGUGGACAGCGUACAGGAAGCCAUUGACCAUAUCCACAAAUAUGGCAGCUCCCACACGGAUGCGAUUAUUACAGAGAACGAGGAAACUGCAGAGUAUUUCCUUCAGCACGUGGACAGCGCUUGUGUGUUCUGGAAUGCUAGCACCCGCUUCUCAGAUGGCUACCGCUUUGGCCUGGGAGCUGAAGUAGGCAUCAGCACGUCUCGAAUCCAUGCCCGGGGACCAGUAGGAAUUGAAGGAUUAUUAACUACUAAGUGGUUACUUAGGGGACGGGAACAUAUCGUAGCUGACUUCUCAGAAAAUGGACCUUUAAAAUAUAUUCAUGAAAACCUUCCCAUCUCUCACAGAAACAACAGCUGAGAGCACGCUGGAACAUAUGGGGGGCAUGUUCCAAGCUCUUUUCACUAUUAAAACUCCGGUGAUCACACAGGACUUUGUCUCCAAUUCUUGGGUGAUUUUUUGCUCUUUUGAGGUACACCUGGAAGUUUUUGGGUUGUUUUGACCUGUGCAGUAGAAGAUGAGAUGUGUCUGCUAAUUCACACACUCCAGGUUGCCGGUUAGGAAAGUACAAUUGUCACAGAUAGGACUUUCUCUUUCCCAAAUUCAUUUCUUUUAUAUAAUGCAAAUCGAUAUUGAUUAUCCUUAGAGAGAGAAGAAAAUGGACAAUUGGUUUCCUCUUUUUGCCUUUUUAUCGCCUCAGUGAGGUAAAGACUCCCCUUGGACAUUUUUUUCAGUACUGUAGCCUGAUGUUCUUGACAGACUAUCUCAUUCCCUACAUUGUCAUGAUUUUACUAGAAAAGAGGAAAUGUGGGGUACUCUAUAAAGACUUGUUUCUCUUCAGCAUUUCAUUAGAAAAAUCAGAAAAAAUUGAGACUGUGAUUGAUUUUUUUUGUAUUUAUUUGUCAAAUGCCUUUGACCAAGAGAGUUCUAAAUUGUAGGUGAUUUAUUUUGUUAACCCUAGUAAGGAAACCAAAAGUUAUAACAUUUAGGAGUAGAUGUCCCAUCUACAGAGGAAGGAAACAGUUUUUGCUCCAGCUACGUUCAAGUAUUUUAUAUAAACUGUUUAUUAUCCUUCCCAUUCUCUGCUCUUCUCCCAAUGAAAUAACAAAGAAUAUUUUAAUACUUUAAAUUUUUUUCCCUUUUUUAAAAAUAAAGUUCUUAUUAAAAGAUGUGUGUGCAAUUAAA